GAUUUGUGACGUCAACACCAAGAUGGCGGGAAAAUCGAGCAUGUAGCCGUCAAGUUGAGGCCUUCAUCGUUAUAAACUUUUAAACAUCGACGUCAUUCUCCUUGGUCACCUUUAGAUAAUUCUUUAGCUAGCAAGCCGUCUCAAGAGUUUACUGGUUUUGUAUCAAGUGCCUCAGCCUUUGCCAAACAUGUUUUCCAAGGACCCAAACGAAGAGGGCACUCUCUUGCAAGGGCCGACCACGGGAGAGAUGGCACAGUUUGAAAGAGCCCAGUGUUCGUACGAAAACCUCUCCCGUCGGUUUGUGCUGGAGCAGCGGAACUUUGGCAGACAGUAUGCACACAUCUACGCCGUCAGACUGUGGGCAAUGAAGGCCAGACUUGUGGAGGCAGCGAAGAGAAAAUGGGGCGAUGAUGUGUGCAUCAAGAAGCUAUCAGAGAUGGACUCAGGGGAAACCUGUGUGGUGAUCGGCACACUCUUCAAACACAUGGAGCUCAAACCCAGCAUACUCAAGGACAUCAGUGAGGAGGAGGGAGCGAUGCCCCAGCCAGCCAGGGCUAAGUACACAGAAGAUGCUGAUAACUUGAUCUUAGAGGAUGAAGUACAAAGAGUUUCAUUGGAGGGAAAGCUGGAUGUUCAAACAUCUGUUACAGGUACUAUUGUGGCAGUGUACGGAGCAGAAGAUGAGUCUGGUAGGUUCCAGGUGAAGGAUUUCUGCUAUGCAGAUCUGCCUGUACAGAACUCAGUACAGUCACCAGAGGAAGACAGGUUUGUUGUGCUUGUGUCGAGCCUCGGGAUUGGCAGUAGCCAAGACAAUCUAUUAGCGCUGCAGCUAUUGGUGGACUUGAUUACCGGGCAGCUAGGAGACCUGGGUGACCAGAAGUCAGCAGCUAAUAUUGUCAGGGUCAUCAUGGCUGGAAACUCUCUUAACGAGUCCACACAGGACAAGGAUUCAUUAACAAAGGCAAAGUAUCUGUCCAGGAAAACUGCAGCUGGAAGUGUGGAAGCCAUGAAAGUUUUAGAUGACUUUCUUGCUCAGCUGUCAUCCUGUGUUGACGUUGACCUGAUGCCAGGAGACUUCGACCCGGCCAAUCACGUGCUUCCUCAGCAGCCGCUGCACCGCUGCAUGUUCCCUCGCGCCAUGAAGUAUCCCACAAUGCACACUGUUCCCAACCCAUACGAGGCAGACGUUGGAGGGAUCAGGUUUCUGGGGACAUCUGGACAGAAUGUUGAUGACAUCUACAAGUACAGCAGUCUGGAGAACUCACUAGAGAUUCUGGAGAAAACAUUGACUGUGGGACACAUCGCACCAACUGCACCUGACACAUUAGGAAGUUAUCCAUUUCAUGACUCUGAUCCGUUCAUCCUGGAGAGCUGCCCCCACGUGUACUUUGCAGGCAACCAGGGCAAGUUCCAAAGCAAGAUUUUGAAAGGUGCUGAUGGACAGAGGGCGCUGCUGGUGACUGUUCCAAAGUUCUGCCAGACUCAGUCCUGUGUGCUGGUUAACCUCAGGACCCUGCAGUGUGAGGUGCUGCAGGUCCAGGCUGCCUGGGACCAGGGAGACCAACCCAUGCAGGAAUAACAACAUAUUCUGCUUGCAUGUCCUCAGUGUUUUAGCCAGCGUCUGUGUCUCCGUCAUUUGGCAGAAUUUUGCUGCUCAUGAUGAUCAGAAAAUUUGCCCAAUCCAUUAUCUUUCAUGAACAAAAAUCAUGUUGUUAAGAGAUGUUAAUAAACUAAGCUUAGACAUGAACAAAAUUUGCCCCUCAAAAUGCAGGUAAUAAGAAUUUAAGAGGGUCAAGAUUUCAAAAUUUUCCUUGGAGGACACAUUCAGCACUCAACAUAUCUCGACAAGGUCUACCAUAAUUGAAAUUACGAAAAAAACCUACUGGCCCUCUAGAAGACUGGUUGUCCCUUUUCAUUAAAAACAGAGGAAAUAUGAAAUAAAAAAAUUACAAAAUGUAUAUGGGACAUUAGGUUUGAAUUUGACAACAUUAUAAAGAAUUUCGACAACUACAUUAUUGGUCAGUAGAAAACCUUUUAUCUGAAUUCUAUCUAUAUGUAGUAAAAUAACACAUACAGCUGCCAAUAGCAAAAAGGGAGGCCUGGGAAGGAGUUACAUUAACUUGUCUUAAAAAAUAUUUUGAACAUGUAAACAAGAGUAAGCUAUUUCGACUGAAGAUGGCUGACUGAUUUAUAGUUUUUAAUACCCAUCUAUCUUUUGAAGAUGUACUAUCAGUGAUGUCACAAAUUAGGUUCUCAGGGGUCUUCCUUGAGUUAGAAGUAGCAAUUCAUAGAUUACGGGAAUGAAAAUAAAGAUAUAUCCAGAGUUUCUUGAUGUGCUACAUUUCAAGAUAUUUUCUAUAAACUUUUUUACAUUACAGAUCUAACAUUUAGAAAUGCCAGUGUUCCAUUAUUUUUCUGGCCAAAAUUAUAUUCAUAAUGAACAACCACAAAGUACAGACGUUAUAACCUUUGAAAGUUUUAUUACAGGUGACGAUUUCUACAAGUACAACCUCCCACAAAAAUACAGCUUCUCUAACAAUGUAUUUACGAGUACAGUGCCAGUGGGGUGAUCCUUGGUACGUGUUUGUACAUGUAAGUCUAGCUUUUACCCUGGAUCUAUUUUUGGACUUUGCUUAACACCGACUGGAAGUUAACAGCAGGAUACUAAAACAUGAAUAAUACUGCUGUCAUGGCUGUAGGCAAAGCCCUAAACAUGUAGGUUGUUGGUAACAAAGAAAUAACUGUAGAGUUUCUUGAUUAUGACAUACAAAAUGUUUGUGAUAGUUUGACAGGCAGUGUACUUUACACAGUAUCAGGCUCCUUUUGUAAACAAGAAGUUCACAACCUUAUGAUGAAUUUAAUCAUAAUCUCUUAAUGUGCAUAUUAAUUAGUAUGCAUAAUCUAUGCAGCAAGUCUCUCCUUGCUUUAAUGAUUUCAGUUCAGUAAACAUAAUUGCAUCUGCCAAAAUAUGUUGUUAUAUAUUUAUAAUAAGUUUAUACAACACAGCCCAGAAAGUUCCUAAUGUGUCCUUGUGUAGUGAAGUGAGUUGACUUAAGACAUUGUCCAAGUUUACAUUACAUGUACAAUUCAGCCGGUUUGAUGUAAAUGAAAACCUCCACAAGGCUUCCCAAAAGUGAUAUGGAAAUGUUUGUAGAACAACUGGCAAGGAGAGUGAGCAUGUGGCAAGCAAAAUGAAACCUCACAAAUCAUUCUCCCUAUUUGGCUAAAUUUAUCUUUCUGCCAAUGUAGUUAGUCUGGUGCAGAGUACCAAAAUAUAUUAUGUGCAUCCUAAGUUUUUAUUACAGUUUUAUAGUUCCCUUCAAUGUGUUCUUUACAUGGAUUGCACUGCAUUCAUCCAACAAGCUCCAAGAAUUAGCUCUAUUGCACCUAAAUCUUGAUGUCACAUUAAAAAAAAAUGUGCAGCCCCAGUCAAGCAGUUUAUAACAUUCAGCACAUACCGGCAUACAAAAGAACUAUAUUUGGAUUGCGUUCAUUGUAACAGCUACAUUUGCAGAUCUUAAAAUCAUGUUUGUAUAAAGUUGUAAUGGCUAGUACCCAAAG